AUGGCGGAAAACAACGAAGCCGACAGGUGCUCCGCCAGUUGCGAGGUGGGAGAAGAUUUCCUCUCCGAUUCUCAUGGUGAAGAAGCCCUCUUCUUCGAUUCUCAUGAUGAAGAAACCCUCCUCUUCGAUCCUCACCGUGAAGAAGCCCUGCUCUUCGAUCCUCACGGUCGAGAAGCCCUCUUCCACGCCUGCCAUGUGGGCGACUCCGAUUUCGACGACCCGGUAUUCGAAGCCGCAGAGAGACGUCGUCUACAAGAUUCCUGGGCGACCCAGGAGGAAGCACAGGAUGAUGUCGAGCAGGACCUCAUCCGGUUAAAGAGUGGUGUGAAGAAUGGCACCGAGCUCGUCGGCCUCAGCGCUUUCCCUCGGACCGGGAUCCGGAUCAGGAUACCUCACAUUCUCUUUGCCCUGGGCGCCAUCGUCCUCCUGUGCUCCGGCGUCGCCUUGGUAUUUAUCGAUCGCAAGCGCCUCCUCGUCGAAUCAUCCGCGCUCGAGCCGUGCCAGCUGUCUCCACUCCCAAUCGCGCCGCAAGUUCCUCCCGUGGACCUUAUCCGAAUCACAUCCAACGUUUCCACGAGCCCGAUGGCACGCAUCCGCGGGUUCGAUUCCAUCUGGGCGGGGGUGGAGCGGGCGACGCAGCAAUGCGAGACCUCGGUGGCGGGCUUCAACCGUAGUAUCGCCGCGUCAACGGAGAGGUGGAAUUGCGCUCUGCACGAGGCCGCGGCGGCCGAUGCACUCGCGAGGAGCCAGGAGCGGGUUUUCGAUCGUCUCCUCCGCGAUCUGGCGUGGGCGGGCAUGUCCUGGCUCCGACCUCGAUGGGCGGGAGGCCGGGCGACGAUGGCGCUGGAGGGAGCGACGGCGGAAUUCCAUCGACUCUACCCGCAUCGCAUGCGAGAGGUGGAAUGGCAGUUCGACGAGUUGGCGCAGGUGCUGGACGUCUUGGCGGAGGUCGUUCGUGCGCUGCAGCAGGGUGGGCUGGAGUUUGCCGGGCGGGCGGCAUUGGAGGAGGAGGACGAGAGGUUGGUGGGAGAGUUGGAGCAAGUUCUCCGCCGGGUCGUGGCCAGUCUCGAGCAUGCGGUGAAGCAGGCGCGUCGUGACGGGGAGAAGUGGAGGGAUGCGGCGGAGAUGGUAGGGGAGCGGAACACGGCGGUGUUGGAGGAAGAUCGAUGCGGAUGGAUUUGA